GCCAGCCUCCGGUGUCUGUUUGGGAAUGCCUGUGAGUUAUUGGCUGGAUAAAAAAAAUCUCACCUGCGUGAAGAGCAUUAGUCACCCCUAAGAGAACGCUGCUGCUGUUUGGCUGAGCAAAGCUGCCUGAAGGAUAACAAGAUGGGAAUAACCGCUUGCCGUCGCUUCAGUAUGAUUAAUAACUGAAAAUACUGUUGCUUAAUCGUUAAGCAAAAUGAAUUUACAGUCUUGCUCUUGGAAAAAUAGGACAGUCUCCUAUCAGCGUUCAGCGCAGUGUACUAGAAAAGGCACUGGACAAGAAAAACUUGUUCGUUCCUCUCCAGGGUAUAUUGCUUAAAGGCUGCUUGCUUGGAGGUCUGUGUGCAAAGAGCUGCUGAAUUAGCCACAGAGCGGUGAAAAGGCUUCGUGUUACUGCUCUUCCUUUACAGAGCAUCUCGAAUCUUUGCGGCCCUGCUCCUGCAAGGUGCUGAGCACCAUUGCUCCAUACAGAGGACAAUCUGUGGCCAUCAAACCUCGUGAAGGACUGUGCAACCUCUUGCCUGGGUGGAAGAGGAGAUCUCUCCAGUUCAAACUCUCAUCACCUACGGCUACAAAGGCAGCUGCAAAACAAGAGCACAAAGAGGCUUUGUGAGCAGGCGUUCAUCCCCUCGCACGUGUCUGGAUCUCCGCAGCUCCUGGUUGUUACGACGGCAGUGGCUGCACACGGUCAGGGCUUUGCUGGAGAACUGCCACGUGAAGAGUCCGUCCUCAUCCUCCUCCUCCAAGGGUCUCACCUAGUCAGUGGAGAGGUGACUGAGGCUUGAUUGCCUGCUUCCACCAAAGAUAGCAUCUGUCUCAGCCUUGCACCAUUAAGGCAGGAAUGUCCUCCUCAUCCUCUUCUGUGUUGGAGAUGGAGAUUUUCCAGUACAUUGAUGCACAUCAAAGUGAUUUCAUCGAGGAUCUCAAGGAAUGGGUGGCUGUGGAAAGCGAUUCUGUUCAACCAGAUCUGAGGAAAGAAGUAAUAUGAAUGAUGGCAUUGGCAGCAGACAGACUUUCAGCGCUGGGAGCCACUGUUAAUUCAGUAAACAUGGGGUCACAUCAGUUGCCUGAUGGCAAGGACCUCCCACUACCUCCUGUGAUUCUCGGGGAACUGGGGAAGGAUCCACAAAACCCCACUGUAUGUUUCUAUGGUCAUGUAGAUGUGCAGCCUGCCAAAAAGGAAGAUGGCUGGAAAACUGACCCUUACAUGCUGACAGAAAUCAAUGGAAAUCUUUAUGGGCGUGGAGCAACAGAUAAUAAAGGACCUGUCUUAGCUUGGAUAAAUGCAGUGGAAACAUUUAGAGCCUUGAAAUUAGCUAUGCCAGUAAACUUCAAGUUUGUAAUUGAAGGCAUGGAAGAAGCAGGGUCCUUGGGGCUAGAAAAAUUACUUGAAGAAAAACAGUGCUUUUUCUCUGACGUUGAUUAUAUUGUGAUUUCGGACAACCUCUGGCUCAGCAACAGGAAGCCUGCCCUUACGUAUGGGAGUCGGGGAAAUGCCUGCUUCUGCGUGGAGGUUGAAUGCGGCAACAAGGACCUUCACUCUGGAACUUUUGGAGGCAUCAUUCAUGAGCCGCUGACGGACCUGAUAGCUCUGCUGGACAGCCUUGUGGAUCCCACAGGUCGGAUUCAGAUCCCUGGAAUCUACGACAGCGUUGCUGCCCUGACAGAGGAAGAGAGGAAAUUGUAUGAAUCGAUUGAGUUUGAUCUAGAGGAACAUAAAAAUAAUGGUGGCGUGAAAAAAUUCCUUUAUGGCACCAAGGAAGAAAUACUUCUACACCUGUGGCGUUACCCUUCUCUUUCUAUUCAUGGGAUUGAAGGAGCUUUUCACGAACCAGGAAUUAAAACUGUCAUUCCGGCAAAAGUCAUUGGCAAAUUCUCAAUCCGUCAGGUCCCCCACAUGGAGCUUUCGGUUGUGAAACAACAGGUGGUGGAGCACUUGGAGGGUGUCUUCUCCAAGAGGAACAGUCCAAACAAACUGAAAGUGUCUAUGCCUUUGGGUGCGAAGCCCUGGCUCGCUGAUAUUAAUGGUCCACUAUAUAAAGCAGCAAGAAGGGCGAUAAAAAGAGUUUUUGGAGAAGAUCCAGAUUUUAUUCGGGAUGGUUCAACAAUUCCUGUUGCCAGAAUGUUUCAGACUAUAAUGCAGAAAAGCGUGAUGAUGUUUCCGAUUGGAGCAGCCGAUGACGGGGAGCACUCCCAGAACGAGAAGAUAAGCAGACACAACUACAUCGAAGGAACCAAAGUGUUUGCAGCCUUUUUCCUGGAGAUAUCAAAGCUACAUCGGCAAUUGUGUCAAACUUCCAACAUGGAAACUAACAACUGACAGACCAUUGCGAGAAAAUCAGAAAAGCACUUUUUUAGUCUUAAGCUUUCCAACUUCCUGAUCCGGAAAAACAUACAAAUCACAUACUCAGUGGGUCUGAAUUGGUGGAAAAAAUAAAUGCCAUGCUAUUACUUGCCAUACUACUAAAUGGUAUGCGUUUGUGAUCCAGUCAAUCAAGUGAACUUAUCCCUAAUGCCAUAAAAUAGGGUUAGGGAUAAUUCAUUCUUGCUGAGGGGAAUAUAGGAGCAGAAGGAAUUUUGACAUUUAUUUUAUUAAAACUACUUUAUUUCUGGUUUUUAGUAUGCCUAUGUUUCUGCUGCCUAGCUCAUAUGCCAGUUUCUGCAUAUGAGCGAUUCUCAACUCUGUCGUUUCCUCCCUACUUUAUACAAAGUUUCACUAUUUCAUUAUUUGAAGAAAGAUCCACUAUCAUGUUAGUCUCUUCCCUGUCCUUCACUGAAAGCUGCGUAUGGGGAAUGCAAUACAAUUGGCUUACUGAAUUUGAUGCAAAGCCUUGCCUAUGAACAUUUACUUACAGGAAUAAUUGCUGAGGUGAACAGAACUGCAAUAGUAAAUAAACAUUUCCAGGUCUGGAUUCUGCCUUCCCCCUGCAGUUAGUCUAAAUCUCCUCUUACUGUGCUGUGAGUGAAGUAUUAAGAAUCACUACACAUAAUAUGUUUCCAUAAUGUGACUUUCUUUUUGUACAACAGAAAAAAGUUUCUGUAAACAUCUGUUCUAGCCAAAAUCUGUCAUCAGAAGGGUAUUUUUCCACCCAAUUUAUUUUUACUUACUUUUAAAGCAUCAGUUUGCAUUAAUAAUUAAAUUAAAGGCAAAUGAUAUACUUUGAAAUUAAAGCAAUAGUUGAGAGUUCUGUUUGCUGUUUAGA